UUGUACUUUGGAAAAAGAUUAUGCAAGGAUAACGAACGAAAUGAGUGCUAAUGAAGCACUGGCUCCCUUUGAAACUGAAUACACGAGACUUUAUGAAUCCUUAUACAAAGCUCAUAGAAAUGAGAAGGAACUAUCGGAACAAUGCAUGUUGCUCAAGAAUGAAAUUAUGGAUAACACGCAUAAGAUAUAUAAGCUGAAAGAAACAGUAGAAGCUCAAGAGAAUGAUAUAGCUCGAUUAAAACAGGAAGUCACUAAAACGACAAAGUUAGCCGAUGCGGCACACGCACGUGAGCAAAAUGCACAAGAGAUGAUUGAAAAUUUGCGACUAAAUAUUACGAAACUGGGCCUAGAAAUCGAGCAAAAGAAUAAACAACUAGCAGCCGAGAAAGACAUUACCGUUAGCAAGAAAAAGGAGAAUCUAUUGAAAGAAAGGGAGAUACUCAUUAGCGAGCUGGAGACUAUGCGGCAACGCAUGAAAAAUAUGUCCAGUUACGCGGAGGAGCUUGAGAAAAAAAAUAGCGAAGUCAAUCAGCAAAUGACAGAGAUGCAGGGAACCAUUGGCAUGCAACUGAAUGAAAUCUCGCGUGAAAAAGGUGUUCGAGAGAGAUUAGAAAUGGACGUACGACAACUUCAGGAAGAGAUCAUUAUAAAAAAGAACGAAUUGGAGGUUGCGAAUGUAUCAAUUGAGGCAAACACGAAUAACGUAACAAGAUUAGAAAGUUUGAUGAAAGAUCAAAAAAUAGCAGAUGAGAAGCUGCGAAAGGAAAUGAGUAAGCUGAUGCUAAAGAAAAUAAAUCUACAAACAGAUUUCGACAAUGCAAUCAUCGAGACAGAAAAAUUGGAAAAAGAACUCUCCGACAGAGGGAAGCAGAUAAGAAGCAUCAUGUACGAGCUUAACAGAGCAAAAGAGGACAGCGCUAAAUACAAACAUGAGAAGGAUCUGAUAGAAAAGCGAUUCUUGAAAGCGGAAUCUGAACAAUCUAAACUAAAGCGAGAAUUAAAGCAAACUCUGAUUAUUGUCAAGAAUGUUGAACACGCUGCUCAAACCUGUCAGAAGGAACAACUCGAAGACAAGCAACGUUUCGAGAUUCUGUUACGAGAGAAAAAUAAUAUUGCCCUUAGUAAAGAGACCGCAUAUGAACAAAUCAAGCGAUUAGAUCACGAACUAUUGUUAUGCGGACGUGGCAAGAAAAAACUAGAACAUGAACUGAACACACUUACACAAACCAUAGACGACAUGAAAAAACAAAUGGAAAUUAUAGAGAAAGACCGGGACAGAUAUAGUACAGCAGUACAGGGAUUAGAACAGCAGCUAGAGAAACAAAUAAGCGAGACUAAACAAAAACAAGUGGAAGUAAUGGAUUAUAAGAAGCGCUUGGUUGAUUCCGAAACCAAGUACCGUCAACAUCAAAGUCUAUUUGAAGCUGUUCGUGCAGAACGGAAUCUGUGCAACAGAAAUUUGAUAGAAACGCAGGAGGAGGUGCAAGAUUUAAAGAACAAACUGAAAGUUACAAGUCAGCAGACUGAGCAAUUGAAGGAAGAUAUUACGAUGAAGGAAGCCAAUCUUGUCAAAAAGGAAUUUCUGUUACGGAAAGUUGAGAAAGAAAAAGAGGAACUUAAGAUUGAUUUGCGAGCUUCUCGUAUGGAAAUAUCCGACUUACGACAACAAAUUGAAGAAGCAAAAAAGAAGGAAAAGAGCCUUAGACAAGCCAUACAUCAGGCAGAUUCAGACAUCGUACGUCAGAAGAAAAAUAUUGACAACGUUAUGAAUGAGCGUGACAUACUCGGUACACAAUUAGUUCGAAGAAAUGAUGAACUUGGUCUGCAAUACAGCAGGAUAAAGGUCUUGAAUAGAACAUUACAGUGUGGCGAGAAACAAUACAAUCAAAAGUUAGGAGAUAUUCGGCUACUCAAGUUUGAAGUGAAGAGACUUAGAACCGAGAAAAUGUUAUUAGAAAAAAAUAUUUUCAACGUUAGCGAUUUGCGCCAAGAAGUUUUCCAUUUAAAUCGUGAUCUAACAAAAGAAAAGCUUAAAGUCACUGCACUUGAGGAGGAAAUUCAAACGCCACUAAAUAUACACAGAUGGCGAAAGCUCGAGGGUACAGAUCCUACUGCUUUCGAGCUUGUUAAAAAAAUACAAAUUCUACAAGAACGUAUUUUAAAAAUGUCCACUGAUAUAAUCCAUAAAGAGAGGAAACUAAAGGAUACUGAGAAAUUAUAUAUGAAUCUUCGUGACGUUUUAUCAAAGCAACCAAAUAUGCAGAUAGAUACAAGCUUAAAUAAAGUUCAAAACAUCCUACGUAAAAGGGCAGAGAAAAUCAAAUGUCUCAUCAUGGAGCUGAAUAUGUACGAGUCGCAAGUAAGCGAAUUUAAAGAUGAUAUAGCAAGAAUGCACAAUGAAAUGUGCGAGUUGAAGAAAAUGUUUUAUACACAAAAAGGAAAACUCCAGAAGUUUAAAGCUAUGACCUUGAAAUCUACGUAUAAAACUAUUCUUCCAGAUAUUUCAGUACACACUAAAAAAUUUUAUGGAGGUGGCUUCAAGAUAAAAACAUGUACUUCAAAAAUUCAAUGUACUGUAAACUCUUCAGCAAGCAAGUAA